GCGGCGGCAGCAGCAGCGGCGGCCGCAACGGGACCUCCUUCAUCCCGUUGCUCUGCCUUCCCUUCCUCCUCCUCUUCUUCCCGUUCCCCGCCGAGGGCUCGUGCACUUCCCCUAACGGCGGCCCGAUCCUACGGUCCCGGAGAGCUUGGGAAGACGGAAGUAAAGGCAUGACUGCCCGGCGCCGCAGGGAAAAUAGGGUGCAAGCCCAGAAACUCUUUCCCCACCACCACCUGUUGAAAAACUGAUUCGAAGGCGUCUCCGGGUCUGAACAAACGGAAAGUUGCUAGGAUUGGAUGCGGCUCUCGUUUUGCACCGGAAAACCCUCACUGCUUAAUAUCAAGGAACAAGAAAAAAAACUGGAAAUUAAGCCGAAGAACCUUACUCAGUCAAAAUGGAACGGUUUGUAGUAACAGCCCCACCUGCCCGAAAUCGUUCUAAGACUGCUUUGUAUGUGACCCCUCUGGAUCGAGUCACUGAAUUUGGAGGUGAGCUUCAUGAAGAUGGAGGAAAGCUCUUCUGCACUUCUUGCAAUGUGGUUCUGAAUCAUGUUCGCAAGUCUGCCAUCAGUGACCACCUCAAGUCAAAGACUCACACCAAGAGGAAGGCAGAAUUUGAAGAGCAGAAUGUGAGAAAGAAGCAGAGGCCCCUGACUGCAUCUCUCCAGUGCAACAGUACUGCGCAGACAGAGAAAGUCAGUGUUAUCCAGGACUUUGUGAAGAUGUGCCUGGAAGCCAACAUCCCCUUGGAGAAGGCUGAUCAUCCAGCAGUCCGAGCGUUCCUGUCUCGACAUGUGAAGAACGGAGGAUCCAUACCUAAGUCAGACCAGCUGAGGAGAGCCUAUCUGCCCGAUGGAUAUGAGAAUGAAAAUCAGCUCCUCAACUCACAAGAUUGUUGACAAGGCAGUUCUGACCAUUGUGAUCAAGAUAAAUAAUGUGGAGUAUUAAAGUUAAUGUGUUGA